AUGGAUAACAUAGCUUUUAGGAAGCGUACCUGUGACCCAGUCGUGUCUGCGCUCUGUGAAGAAUUCUGGGAAUGGCGUCUCUCUGAUAGUCCUGAAUUUGCAUCGUUUUGCGGCGAGCACAAAUAUGAUGAUCGCUUUGAUGAUGUGUCAGAACAGAACUACAUCAGCAAGAAGAAAUCUGUUGAGGGAUUCUUGGCCAGAGUAAAGGAGAUAGACCCAUCCCCCCUCAAUGAAGAAAGUAGACUGGACCUGUUAUUGUUGAAAGAAGAGCUGAAGACAUAUUUGGAGGGGUUUCCAGCUAAAGGAUAUUUAUUCCCUAUAAACUAUAUGGAAGGCAUUCAUGUGGACAGCUAUGACAUCAUCAGCUACAUGAAGUUUGAAGAAAAGGAUGACUAUGAGAAGUACCUGAAGAGACUGCAGGAUUUCCCAAGGAGGUGCAAAGAUGUGCAGACAGUUCUGGAGAAAGCUGUUCAGAGUGGAAUAACAAACCAUUCUGUUACCAUGAAAGGUGUGAUUGAGCAGUUCGAAUCACUGAAAACAGAUUCUGAGGAUGUAUCCAGGUUCCUGGCUCCAUUCAAGACAAGGCCCAGCAAUGUGGACGAGAAAACUUUUCAGAAGUUCAAAGAAGAAACCAAGAAGGUCAUGACUGCCAAGGUCAUUCCAGCUUCAGAGAAACUCAAGAGCUACAUUCAAGAUGUGUAUAUGAAGCACUUAAGACCUAACAUUGGCAUCAGUACUUUACCAGGGGGAGCAGAGUUCUACCAGAAAUGUCUUAAUUUCCACCUCACCCAGCAGAUGGAGCCACAAGACAUACACCAAAUCGGCCUCCAGGAAGUGGAGAGGAUCAAGGCUGCCAUGGCAACAUUGAUAGAAGCCGAGGGCUUUGACAGCAAGAAUUUUGCAGAGUUUCUUAAAAACUUGCAGUCAAGAAAAGAAUUCUUCUGCAACACUCCAACAGAACUGUUGGACUAUAUCAAACACAUCUGUUAUGACAAAAUUCGUCCUGAACUUCCCCGAUUGUUCCGAGACAUUCCCGAUUCUAAGAUGAGCAUCCUUGAAACACCCAGUUUUCUGACCAACUCCCCGGUGGGGUUCUACAAAUCAGGCACCUACGAUGGCUCCAGAGCUGGAGUGUACUAUAUGAACACCAGUAAAUUGAAAGCUUCUCCCAAAUACAGUUUGAUGGCAUUAAGCCUUCAUGAAGGGGAACCUGGACAUCAUUUUCAGGCAGUAAACACCUUUGCUCAGGAAGGAUUGCCAGGCUUCAGGCUGUAUCUGGAGGAUAUGAAGUAUUACAGCGCCCCCACUAGGUUCUCACUCAACACAGCUAACAUUGAGGGUUGGGGCUUGUACUCUGAGGCUCUGGGUGAAGAACUGGGACUCUAUGAGGAUAACUUCUCCAUGAUUGGACGAUACAGUUUUGAAAUUCACCGAGCCUCCCGACUGGUUGUUGACACAGGGAUGCAUUGCAUGGGGUGGUCUCGAGAAGAAGCUGUCAAAUACAUGUCAGCUAACAGUGCCCUGGAUGAAUGGUUCAUCAGUAAUGAGAUUGACAGGUACAUUACCUGGCCUGGACAGGCCUGUGCAUACAAGAUUGGAGAGAUGAAAAUAUGGGAUUUAAGAAAAAAAGCGGAAAAGGAGUUAGGUGAUCUGUUUGAUAUAAAGGACUUCCAUGCUUGGAUACUGAAGGCUGGUCCUGUACCCCUAUACAUCAUGGACCGGCUGAAUGACAGCUUUAUACAGCAGACCAAACAGACUUGCUAAUUACAUAAGGAGCUGUGGAAAAAAUUCGGCAAAACAGCUUCCUGGCCUAACCCUAA